AAACAGUUCAGACGGUUGGAUGAGGAAGUAGUGAUGAUGAGUACAUGGGUGUGGUUGCUUAGCAGUUACCCCAGCAGCCUUUCAGAAGACACAUACAGAGAAGUAUCGCGGAUGAUGAAUCUGUGGAUAAUUCUCUGGACUCAGGCACCUCACAGGAUGAAUACUAAGAUUUAUUUGGCUUCCUUGACCUUUCUCCUGUUUCUUAUGUUUAAAGUGUCAAGGGCUCAGGCUACCAGCUCCACAGAUCAAAUGGACUCUAUAAACAGCAAUAUGGAAAAUUUAACAAUGCCCACAGCUCUGAAUCCCACUGGAAGAAGUGUACAAAGCAGUGUGACUAGAGAUGUCGACCUCUCCCUGGAAACUUCCCCUGCUGAACAAAUCACCGACCACCACAUUAGCACUAGCAGCCCAGUGAAAGUUAUCAUCACAAGACCAGUAAUAACGAUUUCAUCAGCUCCCAAAGAGAAAACAACAAUUCCACAAACAAGGUUCACACCCACUCCAGUGACAUCCUUCAAAUCCAUCACUGAGAACAUCACCAAAAAAGAGACCCAUCAAGUUGUUGCCUGGGAUACAAAGUGGGACCGAGGUUUCACCUAUGAUUAUGAGUCCCUGCGCCAUGCUGGACUAUCCAUUUCAGCAGUACUCUUCAUCAUGGGCAUAAUGGUCAUUAGUUGUGGCAAGGUCUGUCGGCUGCCCAAGUGUCACAGGAGAUCAUCAAAGUCAUAUGUAGUGCCCCAAGGAUAAAGAGAAAGAGCAUGUGUACAAUGGCGCAUGGACAGAGCUGCAAGAAACAAGUCAGAACUCCAACCGGAGAAAAACACCCAACCAACACCUGGCAUCUUGUGUGCGCAUGUGGACUGACUGUAUGCUGCUGAGUAACAGUGUCAUAGAAUAACACUGAAUAAACACAUAAAACAUGAAUAAUGCAGAAAAGUGAAAAAGUCGAACCAUCACCCACUUAAUCUUUGUCAGUCAUUUCUAUACUUUGUACUUUGUAAGAGUGCACUAAAAAGUAAAGUGAUUAUUUUGGCAAAUAAUGAAGAGAUGAUUCAUGUUUUAAUCACACCUUCAGCCAUGACGCAGGCUUCUUUCUAACGACCUUUGUAACUUAAACCUGGUAACACAGCCAUAGGCAAUGUCUCACAGCCAGGAUUAUUAUGAAAGGUUAUGAAGAAUAACCCCAUAGCAUCCCAUAUUUGACAAUCUCGCACAACACUUACGUUCUAUCAGGAUCUAAAAAUGAAACCGUAUCACGUCCUCUUCCUGCACACUCUUUGCAAUUUCAAUCUCAAUAAAAACAUGAUAUUUAGUAAAGGGUGUCAAAGCCUCUUAGUGGCUCUAUGCUUGAAAGUGAGUAAAGCUCUAGAUUAAACAG